CCUAAGUCUCCUUUCCGGUUCUGGGCUUGUGGCACACACACGUUUAUUUUUUGUCCCAACGGAAGACUGUGGGUGCUUUCGAUAUAUACAUCUUGUUACUAUAGAUCCAUGUUCUUGUUGGCUGGGUUUCUACAGUUCUUUUAUUCUUCAUGACACAAAUGAUUAAGAAGGAACAUCAGUUAAGACUUCGUUCCGCUAAGUUAUUAUCGUGGAGGUACCUUCAUGUUUUUUAAUGACUAUUUUCAAACGAAAAGUUAUUAGUCAUGGCUGCUGAGGCAAAAAAUGCAGCCGACAUUACUAACAAGGGUAAGCAUGGAGUGCUAUUCACACCACAAGAGAUUGAUCAAAUCGCCAGGUUCCUUGUUGCAAAUCAGCGGCGAGAAAGAGAAAAUCUUAUCAUCCCCAGAACCUUCACUCCCGUAGUGAUGAAAUCUAGAGAAGAGAAAGCCGUAGAGGCAGUCUUUGAAAGUUGUCCCUUCAAGGCUAUUUUAUCGCUAUUUGCAGGCUUUGUGCUUGGUGGAGGUAUUGGUUUAUUUGCUGCCAGUGUCACACCUUCCAUUCCAACCCCAGACAAACCAUUGCCAUCUGCUCGAGAAGUUCUCAGAGAAUUAAAAGUUUCAACUAUAUCCUAUGGUAAAAAUUUUGCUGCCAUUGGCUUCCUAUUUUCUGGAGUAGAGUGUGCAAUUGAAUCGUAUCGUGGAAAAACUGAUUGGAAGAAUGGUACAUACGCAGGGGCAGUAACGGGUGGGGUUCUUGGACUUAGAGCGGGAGUUAAAGCUGGUGUUGCUGGUGCCUUUGGCUUUGCAGUGUUUUCCUUUGCAAUUGAUUACUACAUGAGACACUGAAUGCAUGCCUAUUGCAUCCAGUCUUAAAUACAGUAUCAUGAGAAUGUGUACAGGAGAUUUUAAAUUAACAUUAUUAUAGCAAUCAUUAUGUAUAAUAGAUUAAUAAUUAGGUGGUUACCCUUUCUGUAUUGAAUAAAAAUAAUGUGAGUUUUUAUAGAAGUGCUAAAUAAGUGAGGAAAACAGCUGUGAUCAUAAUUAAGAUUCUUUUGUGUUACUUUAGAAAAAAAAAGUCAUCAGCUUAAUUACAGUGAGUACACAUCUGGCUGUAAUUAUUAGUUUAGAAGCUGAUGUAAACAAUACAGCUUGCUAAGGUGAGUAGUCGUGAAAAUGAAUGAUCAAAAACAGCUUAAAAUUUGGAAAAAAAAAUUUUAUAUACUAACCUUACCAAUUGAGAACAAUAACAAAUACCGAAAUCUUAGUGUAAUAUGUAUCAUAAUAUAAAAAAAUCUCAUGUUGUAUAAUGAAAUUUGACAUAAAUAAAAUACCUAUAAUAAAAAUUUGUAGCUGAUAAAUAUUUCCAUUUUUUCAUCUUUGUGGAGAGAAUUAACAAAAAUGUGGACAUGAUGGGAAAAAGGAGACAAAUUCAGUAUGAUGUGAUCUUUUACUGACGAUGUCAAUAAAAUAUUGCAUGUGAUGUA